GGUCCCUCUACAUCUGUGGAAUUCUCUGGGAUGGCAGUUCAGGGGACAUCUCACCAGGGACAAUCUAAUGAAAAGAUCCUAAGUGAGUGUGUCUCCAGGGCCUGUCAGACCAGGGCUCUUGACCUCCCGCCAAUCAAUCCGGAUGCUUUCAACCCGAUUAUCAUCCGGUUUCUGGAAAAACUUACUGAGGAGCAAUGGAGGCAGUUAAGCAUUGGCAGGAUGGACCCUGUGAUGAGGGCUUUGCUUGCAGAGAUGUGCCUGGAGAUUGUGCGGUUUGUAUCUGAGGCCAUCCUGGAGGUCAUCAUCCCUGCAAUUUUCCGUUUUGUACGGAUAUACAGCCAUGUGUCUCCAGUAUCCGGCAAGUCUCUGACAGAAUCAGAGAGAUCUUCUAGCACAAACCUGAAGAUUCGCAAGAGAGGCAGCAGCAAAUCCUCAAGGUCUUGCACGGCCAAAUCAAGCUCCUCUCGUAAUGGGUCUCAGACAGUGUUGCCAAAUACUCAGGGAGAUGGUGAGUCUAUAUCAUCUGAGCCACUCAGUGACUUUUUUGGGAUCACUGAGGACAGUCUCCUCACUAGUGUCCAGGAUUCCUUCAAAGAGUCGCUGAACAAUGUCCUCUGUAUCCAAAGAGAGGGCCAGGUAGACACUCAAAGUCUAUCCCGGGUUAUUGUUGGAGAAGUGUCAAAGAAGGUCAAUUCCAUAAUCUCUGUGGCCAUCCAAACUCCCAUCUCUGGGUGAAUAUCCCCUGUCAUUUUUGCCAGUGGUGGUGUCUCCAGCACCAAGGUGGUUGAGGAGAUGGUGUCUGGCGUUUCCAACAUACUUCAGAUGUACAUUAAUGCGAAGAGUGUUGAGCAGAGUGUUGUUCUCAGAGAGGAUGGUGUUGAGGUGGAUAUGACACAUUUAACAGGACAGGUCAUGACAGCCCUCAGUGGCACUGUUUUGAACUUCAGCAAUAAGGAGGAAAAUGAUCCCAACAAGAGGGAACUGCUUUGUGUUGUUGCUGACCAUAUGAAGAUGUUUGAAUCUUGUAAAAGUUCUGAGGAGAUGCUAAAACAAGGAGAGAGCAACCUCAAUAUCAAAGGUGCCAAAUCUAGUCUUCGUCUGUCAACACAAAGUAUGGACAGACUACUCACUGAGGAGUUUCAGACCAAGGCCACUGAAUCGAUCCGGGAGAUCGUUAAAAGAAUCAGGGGUUGUACAUCAUGUUGUUCUGGCACUACAUCAUCUAGUCCAACUCCUAGGAUAGGUGAGAUUGGAGACCUUAUGAUCGACCCUGAGGCCUCUGAGUUGGUAAGUACCUUUGUUUCAGACAUGGACAAUCUUACCCAGUCUAUCAGGUCAUCCUGCUCUCCUGCACAGAGUGAGCAGAUCCUUCUUGAAAACCAUCAGAGUAAGAUCUGGUCUUACACUGUUGGUUGUUACUACGACAUGAAAAAUACGCUGAAGAGGCUUCUUACCUGUCCAGAAAAAGGGGAUCUCUCAAGUACAUUUGUGAAGAGCACAAGAGAUUCUUUCACAAUGGUUCCAACUUUGUGCCUGGACGUCGGUCAUUUCAGUAAUGGUGAGGCUGACACAUCGGACUCCUUUUCUUGUAAACCACUUUUAAUAACCCCCUCAUCCAUGAAUGAACAAAAAGGACAAAGUGAGACCCCAAAACCUUUCUUGGCUCUCAAAAAGUAUUUGCAAGACCAAGUCCUCCUUGACACCACAAAAGAGAUUGCCAGCCAGGUUCUAGGCUUGUAUAAGACUGAGGUGAUGGAGAAGUUCUCAUCUUCUGUUGGAGAGUGUGAUUCUGAAGAGUCUCUGGAGGCCAAUCUAUUUGUGGAUGGCAUCAUGUCUGACUUGAAUGAUUUCACCAGUUCUUGUUCCGCCUCACCAUCUGAGUUGUUAGACAGUGAACAAUGUCUCUCCGAUCUCACUUUUCCACUUGGUCUGCAGGACAGCACCACCAACAGUGAAUCUACCCAGAGUCUUCCAGUUAUAAAUAUGACAAAACUCUCCAGUUUGUCUUUCCAGACAAAGGCUAGAAAGGCAGUGAGUGAAGCUCUGAGAUCUGUCAACUCCUUUACAACCAGCUUACUGGGAGACUCUGAAGCAUCUAAAUUACAGGACACUUUUGUAACAGAUGUGGAGACUAUUGUUCAGUCCAUGCAGGCACAUGAAUCUGAAAUUCUAAGAAUUUCAAAAGUGAGCACCCUUUCUGCUGCUCGUAUUAUAUAUCAUAGAUUUCGAGAAAUGCUGAGGCGGUUUUUCACUCCCUGCCAAGACUCUGUGAAGGUCAUCGAUGGUGUUACACCAAUACAUGACGAGACUCUCAAACAGGCUCCCAGUGA